CUUCGGUCUUUCGCCUACAUGCACGUGAAGCGCAGGAAUCGUCUCUUACCGGACAGUUGUCAGCAGGACUGGUGUCUGUGUUACUAUUUUGUGGCAUUGGGCGAAGCAAGAAUGUCAGCAACAACAGUACCUGUAUCAAAAUUCAGGGCACCACGUCGCAUACCUGAUCAGGAAGCUCGAAUAAAGAAGAACCAGUUGUUUAGUAGCAGUAGAGAAUGUAAUUCCAAUCAGAAUAAUUUGUUAAAACCAGGACAAAUAAAGAAAGAACCAUCUGAUGAAACCAUCACUGAAAGCCAUGGUUAUCUGAACCCAUAUAUAGUAAGCCAUGGUAACGAGAACCCAAGUAUAGAAAACCAUGGCAAUGGCAAUCUGAACCCAAGUAUAGAAAGCCCUGAAAAAGCAGAAAGAUAUUAUACAGCUACCCUAGAACUGGAGGGUAUCUUAGUUGUGGCAUGCAGUUCUAUUAGAACUCUUAUGAAAGUAACAACUCUGAUCAAUCAUCAUAUGGAUGGCACUGUAAUCAAAAUUGAAACCUGUGAUAAAGAAGCUAUGGAUCUUACACCUGAAUCAACUGCUCAACAGACAGAUAUUAAAAGAAAGUACAUGUAUACUACAAAAGAAUUAAUUCAUCUAGCUACUAGCAGUUUAUGUCAAAAACAACCAGCUGGAUGGCCAGACAUUCAAAAUGAAAUACCAGAUAUUAUUGAAAAGGAUCCAAAGUUUUUCAAUCCAGAUGAUUAUGGUGUAUUAAAUCAACCAUUGAUUUAUAAUCGUAAUGAAAGACCUAGAAAUAAAGAUCCAGGUAUUUUCAGACCAGCAACAAUUAGUGAUCAUUUAGGAGAUCGACAACAUUAUUCUAGUAAAACUGAAAACAAUUCCUCUGCAAGAAGCACCAGUACCAUACCUGUGGAAUUGGUCCAUAAUCAAAACCAACCCACAAGUAGAAUGAUAAUGAAAAAUCUAAUUGGCCAUUCAAACUACCAAAAUGUAAAGCAGAAUUCUGAUGAUCAGAAGUUAAAUGAAGCUCUAACAGUAACAAAUGGAUACCAGAGAAAUACUCAACGAAAAAAUAGUGGUAGUAAUAAUAGCGGUGUUGAAGAUGAGCGCUGGCCACAUGAUCACUUCGUAGAAGACAAUUCACCAAAGAAAAUAAGCCCCAUAAUAUAUAAAAGUGACGAGAAAAUGAUAAAUCAUCCAGAUUUCUAUGGUGGAGAAUUUAUGUACCGGAGAUCAAAACCAGUAGAAAGAUUAUUCUGUAAGGAUAAAUCUCAGGAUUCCUCCAUGAAUAAUAUUAGGUCAUAUAAUAAAUGUUAUGAUCUUGAUUGCCUUGAUGCUUCCAUGAAUUCCGUUGGUUCUGCACGAGAUGACUUCACAUGUCCUGUUAAUAAUUUUGUCACAGAUGAUAUUGCAGAAUUUGGACUGAUCAAUGACCCUUUAAGAUCACUUGAUGUGAGUCGAUACAUGUAGAUAGUGUACAGUUUAUCUGUCAACAAAACCGUCCAUUUUGUGAGUUGUAUUCGACUCAAAUCAAACCUUGUUUAUGUGUUUAUUACACCACAAAUAAUUCCAUUCCUGACACUUGUUUUGUGUUGUUUUUUUUUUUAGACUGAUUUUUGUGCCAAAUAAUUUGCUGUAUUCCAUUGAUAUAUCAUUCCUAGUGCUGUCAGGAGACAUUUUCGUGCUUAAUUUUCGACUUAUUUUAUAAAUAAGACUUUCUUUUAAUGAAUCAGUACAUCUUUUAACUCAUUUCCGUGGUUUGAAAGUUAGGCUUUCACGCCAGUAUGUUAUCUGGCAACAGCCGAUAUGAUCCAAACUUAAUGUUUUAAAUACCAUAGUAUGUAGGUGAGGUGGGUAUUAGUGUUCAAACUAUGUUAAUGUUAAACCCCCAUGGUACAUCUGAUAGUUUUUUUCUAUUAUUCAGCAAAUAAAAGCCCAAUUUAACAAUAUUUAUAGAGGCAAACUCUUUUGUGGGGGUUGUAUUUCUCAUGACCUGUAGCUAAUGUUUUAUUCAUGUUCUUCAUAAUAGUUGCUACGAUAAAAUGCAUAAUCAAGAUUUGAAGAAACGGAAGUGACAAAAGGAAAACACAAGUUAUCCUUCUAUAUAACUGAAGUAUGAAGUAAUGAGCGAUAACAGAUACAAGGGCGAAUAUCUGCUCACUGAUAAUUCCUUUGAAUUGAAGACCAAAAGUUGUUAUGAGACUGUGAGAGGAUAUCUGAUAAUUUAUAAAAAGUAAUUGAAAGUCAUUAGAUAAAAGAAAACAAGAAAAAGCCUGUACAACCCCUUGUUUUUAUUAAUAUAUACUUAAUAAAACAUGGUAAUGCAAAACCUUUUUCUAUUUGCUUUUGUUUUUUUUUAACUAGUGAACAGUCCAUUCUUUUUAUGAAUUAUCAGAUAUUCUCUCGGUCUCAUAUAACAAAUUUUGGUCUUCACAGGAAUUAUCAGUGAGCAGAAAUUGGCCUGUAUAUCUGUUAUCGCUCGUUACUUCGGUCAGUUAUAUAGACGGAAAGGUGUACGCCGGAAAAUCUGGAUGAACUUUCUGGGCCAAUGCAGGGUGUUCGAUCCCUGCAUUGGCCGAGAAAGUUCAUCCCGAUUUUCCGGGUUGAUUCCCCCAGAUCAGUGAUGCAGGACGGAGGACCUGACAAGGACAGCUGUCUAGUCGUUCAGAUCGGACGAUAAACUGAGGUCCCAUGUACACAUUGGCAUGCACGUAAAAGAUCCCUUGACAAUUGGAAUUUGAUAUACGAGUAGGCCAUAGUGCCGCUGUCCGGGGGAAAUUUCCCUCAUACAGUGGCGGAUCCAGGGGGGGUGACUAGUUUUUGGGGUUUUCACUUUAUUUCUUUGAGAACUAUUGCCCAGAAGAUACCUCAGAUAGCACAAAAUAGUUUUAACCCCUUUGGACACCCUAUGCCCCCCCCCCCCCUUCUAGUGCUCCCGCCUUUGGUCGACCGCGCUUCACCCCUGACCUCUUUUAGUCACCCCCCUGGAAUAAAUCCUGGGUCCGCCACUGUCAUAGCACACUGUAUGGCGUAUGCCUGACUUCAUUAGCCCAGUUCGGAGCAGAUCAGUAGGACGUUAAACCCCAUUUCAUUUCAUUUGUUUCCUUUUGCUUUCGUCCAUUCAGUUUCUUGAAAUCUUAUCUGUCGUGGUAAUGUUCUCUGUUAAAUUAUAUUUGGAAGGUGUUUAACCAGUUUUAUCACAUGUAAUAAUGACCGACACCAAUAUUGUCCUUUAAAUUGAUGGACAAUUAAGGCCCUUGUUAGCCCACUUGUUUAAUUCUGUUUUAUAGCUUAAUUUUUUUCUACUGCUUCAUGUUGUCAUAAUGUAAACAUUUGUCACAAAUCAUUAAGUGCUAUUAAAAAAGCAUAUAUCAUUGUAUAUCAUGAUAGUGAUUUUUUUUUUUAGUAGAUUGUAUUGACAUCAAAUAAACUACUGAAACAUG